GGCUGUUAUGGAAGAUGGAUGUCCCAUGCUUCAUCGUCGACGUCGGCUCUUUCUCGCACACCGGGCAAACCCUCGCGAGACACCAAGAACGCAUCGGUAGCUAAUUGGAAGUGCAGUACAACCGACGUUUCGUCAACAACAGCGACGCAGGCAUCGCGAGCAGCAUCACGAGCGGCAUCGCAUCAGGCACCUACGAGCAGCAAGUCACCUUGGGUCAACAGAUUGUGGUACAAUCCGUCGGUGCAGCCUGAUAUGGCCCCUUCGACCAGCCAAGCACCCACACAAGCACCAGCCCCGACGCCGCCGGCGCACACACAAGCUCAAGUUCAAACGGUGAGGACGCUCCAGGUCUCAGCAUCGAACAAAGCCGUGGCCGUUUUUGAGUCCUGAUGCGCGCGAUUCUGGCGCGUUCUUGUAGGAAGCUGAAG